AUGUCUUCCGUAUCGAGUGGGAGUGAAAGCGAGAGAGAGAGAGAAGAAGAAGUGUACUCGUCGAGUAGCGAAGAUGAGGGAGAUGUACAGAAUAAGAGAAUUAAGCUCGCAAAGGAGUAUUUGAGUGGUUUAGACGGCGAGGAUGUCGAGACGACGUUGGAAUCCAAUUUACUCGAAAAGAGCAACAAAAUGAAUAAAUUUAUAUCAGCCAAUUUAAAUAUUAAGACAGUUAGAUCUAUUAAGCACAAAUCACCACUCACUCACGCUAUCAUUUCAUUUACUUCUACCACACCAAUCCUAGUAUUCAGCGCAAAGGAUAAUAAUCUAUACACGCAGCCCUUAAACUCAAAGGACAGGCACAGAUUACCCACUAGGCACCCCUUAUGCUUAGCAACUUCCCCUGAUUUCAAUUGGCUCGCUGUUGGUACCUCAAUCAACACUAUCGACAUUUACAACACCCAAACAUCCCCUUUCUCCCUAAUUACCACUAUUCCUGGCUUCAAAGACUCGAUUACCUCGUUAUCCUUUAGAAAAUCAACCCCCACUGCGCUCUUCGCUGCCAGUUUAGACAGAUCCAUCAAAAUUUACUCUUUCCCUCCUAGCCCACCAGACCCUCCAUCCUACGUAGAGACACUCUUCGGACACCAAGACUCCAUCUACUCAGUCGACGUACUCAGGUCUGACCUGGCGCUGAGUGUUGGAUGUCGCGACAAAUCUGCGCGUUACUGGAAAGUAGUAGACGAGUCUCAAUUAGUCUUUAGAGGUGGUGGCAGAUCUAAGAUACGCGACAUGAUAGACGGUGCUCUUGACUUCGAUGCUCAGGGCAUGGAUGUUGACGGCGAGCCCAUUCGUCGUGGCAAGCAAGCCGGUUUCGUGGAGGGCAGUCUCGACGUGUGUGCCAUGAUCGACGAGCAACAUUUCCUGACUGGUGGUGACUCAGGAUUCAUCAGUUUGUGGAACAUUGGUAAGAAGAAAGCUAUCUACACUAGCUAUCUCGCACACGGCGUGCACCACCACCACUCGGAGACUGAGGGCGUCAUCAAGCAGCCCAGAGGAAUCACUGCGCUCGCUGCAUUUCCCUACUCGGAUCUCUUUGCUAGUGGGUCCAGCGAUGGCUAUAUUAGGCUAUGGAGGAUAGAUGCGAAUCUUAAGGCUUUCUCUAAACUCGCAGAAAUCGACGCUAAAGGAUUCGUCAACUCCAUUCAGCUCGUUCAGGAAGAGCAGGAGAAGGAUCAGCUCGUCCUCGUUGCCGCUACAGCUCAAGAACCUCGCAUGGGUAGAUGGGAGAAAUUGCCGUCAUCUGCUGCCAAGAAUGCCAUCGUAGUGGCCCAUCUGACACACCAAAAAAAUUCAACACAGUCAUCUCUAUAG